AUGUCUUCUACGACGGAUUGGUUCGAAGAACCAGGUGUGGAGUAUUGGAAAGCCGAUCUUAUCUUUAGAACUGAUUAUCAUCUGAAAACCCAAAAGUAUAAAUUCGAAUGGACAUUUCCAAAUUGCACAAAGGAACUUCUCGAGACUUCUCCAGUCAAGUUACUCUCUAAACCUUUUGGUGAUAACCGGUGGCAAAUCUCAGUUGGUACAAUAGCCAAAACACCUGGUGCAGCUCAAGAUACUGAACUACGGACAUCCAAGACAUGGGUCAGACGUUGUGAGACAUGUACAGCGACUCUUGGGACUCCCAGUAAACCUGGUACCUAUGGCAAGGACAAAAACAUCUCAGGUGGAUAUACUUUCAAUUCUGGAUUAGAAAGUCGAAGAGGACAAGCCAAAUACAUAAAGCUAGACAAGCUCUUUCAGGAUCAAGGAUUUCUUCUCGAGCAAGCAUUAUUUGUGCAAGUUACUCUCACCGAACGGAGGCGAACAACGGAACCUUCACCCUUUGGCGAUAUCACACGCUUCGCAGGUUGUUCAGCACGAUUUUCGGGACUAUUUGAUGAUCCAGAUUGUUCGGAUGUUUGUUUCGUAUUUCCGAAGCAGAAAGGGAGCAAACGUGGAAUUCGAACAAUAUAUGCUCAAAAGUAUAUCAUUCGAUCAGUACCUUACUUCAAUACAAUGUUCGAGUCAGGAUUUCUAGAAAGUGCAGACGCCCUGAGUCAAGCGGAUUCAAUCGAGAUGGAUGAGAUGUCGAUGUCUCCAUCACUGCCAAAUGGGGGUAUCAAGACCGAUCCAGAUUUUAUCAAGACUGAACCAUCUAGCCCUCUACUCGAGGAUUUACCGGAUAUGACGCUCAUGGCUGAAGAUUCACUCAUGGGGGAAAGUGGAAUCCUCGAAAGUGAAAACUGUGCAUACGAUGAAGACGAUUCGGAUUUUGAAUUGGAUGAACUUGAAGAAUCGGUAAGAGGCGUUCAACAGGCUGCUGAUCAUCUCACCCUCGCCGAUGUUGGAAACCUAUCGGACGCUUCACCUUCUCGUACAUUGAACGCAAACGUUCAUCGACCAUCGAAGAAGCGAAGGAUUUCACAAUUGGCUGAUACGAAUUCUCAUCAUCCAGAUGGUUCACCUCGUAAGGGAAUUCAUCGAAUCGUGAUCACCACUACUUCUUAUACUACUUAUCGUGCCUUGCUGCUAUAUAUCUACUCCAACUCUAUUGCAUUUGCCCCUUUGAGGUCAAGUUGGCAAGUGUUGCGGGACAGAGCAGAAGCCAAAGGACGCGGAUUAGUACCCAGGAGGAAUGUAUACGUUCGUGACCAAGCUGUCAAAUUCUCAUUGGCCCUGAGUACGGAUGAACUACAACCUACCUCACCGAAAUCGAUGUAUGUCCUAGCGGAUAUGUUACAAUUACCUGAACUGAGACAGGAAGCUUUGAAUCAGUUCAACAGGUUCUUGACCAUUGAUAAUGUCUGCAUAGAAUUAGCUAGCUCCUUUGUAGGUAAAUAUGAUCAAGCCAGAGCAAUCACUUUUGACUUUUUAAGGAAUAACUGGAAAACUGUAGCAGUAACUCCAAGUUUCACGAGAUUGUUAGCAGAUGGAUUAAGAAGCUUAUCUAGUACAACUCAAGCUGAUUUUUCAGCUCUAUUAUGUGCACUGACUGUCCCAGUUGGUAGUCAUCAUUCUAAUAUUGUCGGAAGUGGUCCUUCAUCAUCUGUAAACCUAUAUCAAGGUUCAUAA